AUCUCUCUUCCUCUUUGACUUCCCCUGGCUUUAUCACAAACUUCUUGUAUCUUUGUUCGUUUCCCAUAAACUGUAACUAUAUCACUUUAACCCUAAACUGACUUAAGCUCAAUUCUCCCACAUACUCAGUCCCUUCAUUCACAUUCAUUGCCCUCCUUUGCUUUUUUCCUCCCACUUCCUCACCUAUUUUUUUCCUGUUUUUCCUGCAAUCUUCCUCCCCUUUUAUCUACCAAGUGUCUCCCCAAACACUGAUUAAUUUGGACAAUGCUAAUUUCAUACCAGUUUAUUUCCUGUGAUGGAGAAAAGGUAAGAAAAAGGAAGUCCUAGGGAAAGAAUUUAGCCGGUAAACCACCUCAUGCAUGAGUCAUUGCAAAAACUUGUUAAGAAAAUUCCUGGUCAGACAACAUUCCUGAGAAAUGGGCUAUGCCACUUGAUGUUCUUAAAGGGAUUUGAUAUCUAGAAAGGAGAGCUAGUGCUUGGGAUCCCAAAUACCCUGACAGACUGUCCUCUACAGGUGAUGGGAGAAGAACAAAAGGCCCUGGAGACCUUGGUGAGCAUAGAGACUGACCCUCCUCCAGCCUCACCUCCUGUUGGCUGCAAUUGGUACUCGCUCCGGUGUCUUGCAGCCACUAGUGUCGUCUUUGGCUGCUCCUGUCUUGGAAUCAUGGCUCUUGCAUUUGCUGUGCAGGCUGAGGAACGACGUAAGGCUGGGAAACCAGAGGAAGCAUUGUUCUUGGGGAAUCGAGCCAGGCGUCUUGCCCUGGCUAGUAUUGCAGUGUGGCUUGGAGUACUUAUACUGGGACCCCUGCUCCUCUGGCUUCUGUCAUAUGCCAUUGCCCAAGCAGAGUGACCCUACUGUGACAAACUUGGACAUGAAGUUGCCCUGUGGCAUGAUAGGUGGACCUCACCUACAGCAAGGUCCAUCAUCCCGACCAGAAGAACAACAAGGUCCUCCAGGUCCUGGAGGGUAUUUAAACACCUUUCAAAAAGUGGUUUCCAGAGGCUGUCUCCCCAGCAUGCAGACAACAGAGAGCUGAUCAAUAUAAUAAAAGGUUUGGACUUGAA